UGGUCGAGCCCGUGAACUAAACAAAUCCCAGUACAGGAUGUAAUUGUUGUCGUGCUGUUGACGGCGAUUUUCAUGUCGUAAAUUAACGCUUCGUGCUGUGCCGACUCGACCUAGACGCUUCUGGCAUAAGGUUGUCGGCAGGUGAUGUUGCAGCCUAAAGGUAUCUUUGUCAACAAGCGCUAGGAUUUCAGUGCGCAGAUUGUGGGCACCUGGCUGCAUGGAGAGCGGGGGCACAGGGUUCGCUCUUCCAGGAAAUGAAACAGCAAUACUAAUAGCCACACCGAUUGCUGCAUGAGACGCUUCAGAGUUGAAAUUCAAUACAAUCGAUACAGCAGUUGGAGGAGGUGGCUAGUGAAGUGCAGCGGAGGUGAUGGCCAACAGCAACCCACCUCGACUAAUUCCCGUCAGCCAUCUAGCGGGCAAUGAAAGCUCAUCAUCUAGCGACGAUUACAUAAUUUGUGCUGGCGAUGGCGAUGGAAGUGAUGGCGCUACUCGCAAUGCGACUGGACACAAAUCGUUCCCGACGCAAUCCGCUCACGUGUCCUCAGAAAAGAGCAGAAUGGCGGAAAGAGGCAACCCGUCGGGUUCCGGACUUCGUGAUCCGAGAAAGCUCAUUGAAAACGGCGUGACGGCGGACUGCAUCCGAUCUUCUGCUGCAGCGCACUCGCAUACAUCCUCCGCAGGUCAAGGGCGUGAUGGUGCCCCUGCUGGGAACGGGCACAGCGGUCUCCAGUUUGCACAGCGUGACAUUGUCACACAGGAUGCAGCGGCGGUCAACAGCGGGCAUUCUCCGCCCUACGAUAAAAACGGUGAUUCCGUGCCCCAGCCAGCCACCACAACAGCAUGGCAGAACUAUGAUGAGGAAGAUGGAAUGACUGAAGAAUCGGUCGAGGGCAUCUGGUCGCAAGAUAUCGAGCAGGCGUUCCAGGAAGCUCUCAGUAUCUACCCGCCGUGUGGACGGCAGAAGAUCAUCCUUUCCGACGAAGGCAAGAUGUAUGGACGUAAUGAGCUGAUCGCGCGCUAUAUCAAAAUGAGAACGGGGAAACACCGAACACGCAAACAGGUAUCAAGUCACAUCCAGGUGUGGGCAAGACGACGAGUACGUAAGGAGCUAGGCCAGAACGUUUCCAGCCUGCCCAACCUGUCCUCAGCUCAGAUUGUCACUCAGCACACGCCACUCAAUCAGCAACAGCAACGCGGCGAUGGAGCCAGCAAUGCCGUUGCCCCAACAACCACAGCCAUCAUGGCCGCCACUCCAGUGGAUAGUAGUGGCUCGUCGUCGGCGCACGACGAACUGGCACAAGCGUACGCACGACAUCAUCCCGUUGCAACGCACAGCACCUCACCUCAGCAUUACACACCACUGCCGCCAUCACAGAAACAAUCGCACCAUGCCGUCGUUCCCAGUACACAGGCCGCCCCACAGUCCUCAGACCUCGUCUACUAUCCGCCCGCUAACUACCACCUGGUUGCACAGCCCGCCAUGGCAACGUAUCCGCCGCCUAGUUACCAUCGCAACCAUGACUAUGAUGAUCAUCGUCAUGGCGGCGCAGCGCAGCAGUACUAUAUCACGCCCGUCGGCGGCGACUACGCAAACACCGCGGACAAGCAGUUGUCAAGGCAACCGCACUACCUCAUACCGGUCGCCGCGGACAACGGGCACGAUCAAUCACAGCCACUGCAACAUGCUUAUAACCACCACCACCAGCACCACCACCAGCAGCAGCAGCAGCAGCACCAGCACCAGCAGCAGCAGCAGCACCAGCAGCAGUACUCCAGUAUGCAUCAGCGGUAUAGGCGUAGAUCGAAUUCACCGCCGCCGCCACUGCCCCCACCGCCUCCACCACCACUGUUUGCGGGUCACUCGACCGCUGGUGUCUCGGAUAGCAGUACGCGUCACCUGCGCCUGUCAACUCCACCGCCCAGUGUGGUGCUGACCCAGACGGCGCUGUCACGGAAUACGUGAAACGAACGGCUUGUCACCGGUGCUGCUAGGCCUCACGCCGCCGACGGCAACAAACACUGUGCGCCGCUCCUACACGCACCACUGGGGCAGGAACCACUGCUGCUGAGAAGUUUGCCAUUAUUGGAUUAAAACUGGGUGUCGGAAACCGGGUGAUGCACGGGAUGAAGAACUCGAAGAGAGAAAAGGUGUCAAAUCCAGGGAUGACUGCUACUGCUUCCGCUUAUGUCAUCAAGUCUCCUUGAUCCGUCCCCUUGUCUGUUGAAGAAGGUGGUGGCAGACGUGCGGCCUGAUACGGUGUUGAACCGACGCGUGCGCUGCUGCUCUACACAGUACGUGCCAGUGCGGGUAUGCCUGUGUGUGUGUGAAGCUGUGCACAAGCUGGCACUGCGCGUCUGAUCUUUAGCAUUGGCUGGACACAGCACAGCCCUGCUCAGUGAAAUGCAGUCGUGUCACUCAAGUACACGCCACCGGGCAUUGUGCAACCCUAGACCUGCGCACACUGGGCUGGCAAAUGAUGCAAGGCGCAAGCUUGAGUAACGCCACUGGAUUUCAUCGAGCAGGACUGUGCUAUACUACUGCUACUACGGCUGACAGCCUGGAUUGAAUUCCUGGUCCUGCUGCGCGAAACCGGCUGGGAAGCGCCACAGCGAAGCGGUCAACGAUAUGAAUUUUCACGGCAUUGACUUUGUAGAACCGUUUGACUCAUAAUGCCAUUAUUGAAGGGUGUUUUCCUGCCCAACUGUUCUUCUGACUCUAGUUACAACGUACCGCCGUGGACAUGGAAAUCCGGUCGAUUGACACGGGGCUGGCGCCCUCAGUGUCAGUGCGUACAGAACAUCGAUUGACACGGGGCUGGCGCCCUCAUAGCAUCACACGCACUGCACGUGUUGAUCGUAUGGGUGCUCCUGGCCGCGUGGCCAGCGCCCUGGGCCGCUUGACGAUCGACCGGAUUUCCACGUCCACCACCGUACGUAUUCUCUAUGGCUAUUCACAGUACCCAUGCAGUUACCACUACUCUUGCUGCUACUAACCUUGCUGUUACACUGGUGAUAACUAAUUCACGAGAACAUUAGAAGAGGAUUAUUAUCGUCGUCGUCGUCAUCAUCCUUGAGCCAAUUGAACACAUUUUGUGUGAUUAUUGUGA